CACGUGGGUACCCAUUUUUCCCGAAAUUACACUCUGGAAUUAGCGAAAACCCACCGUCUCGUCUUCGAAGCUGAAUCCAGAAAGAGGGAAGAGCGAGCUUUUCUGCCAUGGCGAUGAACAACGGGAUUAAAUCUGCCUCGAAGUUGCUGGCCUCUUCUCAAUCGCUUCUUUCGAAGUCAGGUGGGUUUUUGUUUUUGGAGAUUUGGGUUUAUUCGAGUAGAUAAUGAAACAAUGGAAUCUAUGUAUUGGGUUGUUUGUGUUCUUUGGAUGCGAAGGCAUUAAAGCUUGCGUUUUGAUUUGGAUAGAUCUGAUUAAAGAUGUAAAGUGGUGAUUUUGAAACCGAUGUUUGCUAAUUGCUUGUGCUGUGUUAUUAGUCAAUUUUUGAGAAUUGAUUGGUUAUGUUGAAAUAAAAUGUAUGAUUUUGGGGGGAUAUGUGUGUUGAAUGUAUGAGAAUUGAUUGCUUUGACUAAACAAGAAUGUGGGGA